AUGUUCACUCUCAACACCCUCACUAUGGCUGCGCUCAUGUCCCUGGCUGCUCUGGGAAAUGCGGAUGCCCAUCAUGGUCUUCACGCCCGCCACCUGAACCCCAUGCGUGGUAUCAAUGGCACCACUCCUACCAGCGCUCUUCCAACCACUUACGAGACUGUCUAUCCUACUCCUGUUCUCACCCCUCACUCUCCCUCUGGCAAGCCCGCCUACACACCUGGUGUCUCCAGCUCCGUGCCUGUUCCCCUUGGCACUGGUGCUGUUGGCUCCAGUGUUGUUGCCUCUGCUUCUCAGUCGGCUGCCUCUGGUGUUACUACUGAUCUCACCACCACUGAUGUCACUCUCACCUACACUCUUGGAUCUGGAACUUCGACCAGCGUUGUUACCACUACUAUCCAGAAGACCAUCACCGAUGUCCACACUGUCUACCCGACCGCUGCUUACACCGCUCCCAAUGAGGAGGGUCAUGGCCAAAAGCCCGAGGAGACUACGACCGUGCAGGGAACCACUACCAAGACACUUACCGUCGUUGAGGCUCCCACUGACACCGUCAGCGCUGGUGCCUGUAACCCAGUCACCGUGACUGUCACCGCCACUGAGACUGUGACCGUGAACGCUGCCCACACCUCUACUCCCGGCGAGAACCACAACCAGGGAGGCUCUGGCAACGGUGGUAAGGGUGGUAAUGGCGGUAACGGCGAAGGAGCCCAGCCCACAACCACGGAGAUUGAGCCCGAGACCACCGCGCCCAUCCCUACUGCCACUCUGUCAGCCACCCGUCCUCCUUACGGCAAUGGAACAGCUCCGUACCCAUCUACCAGCCUCACUCCCUCCGGCUUCGCCACAAGCUCCAUCGCUUGGCCUAGCUACAAGCCUUCUCCUAGCGGCAAGCCCUCCGCCAGUGCCAGCGGCCCUGUUUCUCCCUCCGGUACCCCAAGUGGAAACUACCCCCACAGCUUCCGUCGCCGCUAUGUCUAA